CCAUCCCGCCAACCAUGGGUUCCUCUCCAUUCACCAUGAGGUCGUUCCUCGCUCUUUUCCUCCUCGUGGUGCAACUCGCCUCUGCCCUCAAGUUCGAUCUCGCCGCCACCUCGGGCAAGACUGAGCGAUGCAUCCGCAACUUCGUCUCGAAGGACCAGCUGGUCGUGGUGACGGCCAUUGUCAGCGGCCAGAAGGGUGAUGGACAGCGGGUUAACAUGCACAUCAAGGAUGCGAUGGGCAAUGACCAUGGUCGUCCCAGGGAUAUUGUCGGCGAGGUGCGCCAGGCUUUUACUUCGACUGCUGACACCGCUUUCGAUGUGUGUCUCGACAACCAGCUCGUCGGUCGCAACGCUGUCGCCAAUCCCUCUCGUGAAAUCGACCUCGAUGUCGAGAUCGGCGCCGACGCCCGCGACUGGUCCUCCAUCCAAGCGCAAGAGAAGCUCAAGCCCGUCGAGACCGACCUCCGCCGCAUCGAGGAGAUGGUCGCAGACAUCGUCACAGAGAUGGACUACCUCCGCGCGCGUGAGCAGCGUCUCCGUGAUACCAACGAGAGCACCAACGAGCGAGUGAAGUGGUUCGCGUUCGGUACCAUGGGCAUGCUCGUUGGUCUGGGAGCUUGGCAGGUUGUCUACCUGCGGGCUUACUUCCGGUCCAAGCAUCUCAUCUAAAGCAAAAAUUUUCGGAAUACUGCUUUCUUCUUCUUUUUCUGCUAUGUUAGCUUGCGUGAGGGGGCUGAUGAGUUGCAUACAUGAUUCGGAUGGCUCCGCUUUUCUACUUGUUCGAUCUUGGAUUGGAGGUGCUGUUGCAUGGGGGGUCUCGCUUUGCUGGCUGGUUUUGGCCUUUCCCUUGUCUUUAGGCAUUUCUGUUCCAAUAGUCAUGACCUCAAUGAUAUAAAAUACAUGCCCUGCUUCCGCGGAGGUUUAAUCAAUUAUCUUUGUCUGGA